AUGAAACUUACCUUCUCUGCGGUGCUUGCUGCUGCGACUCUCGGUGCGGCAGCACCAUUCACCUCGAGUAAUCCGGCCAACGUGCUCCUGAGGCCCAGAGCGGAGGAGCCAUCGUCUAUAUUGACAUGUCUAGCAUCAAGCUGGCCCCCGAAUACGGUUGGCGGGCCAAACUUACCGCAGUCGCCGUCUGCAGAUCUUGAGUCCAUACUCGCGCAAGUCGAUCCGGCCAACAUCGAAGCUACAAUCCGGAAGUUGGUGUCGUUUGGAACGCGGCAUACGUUAUCAAUCCAAAACUCGACGACGCGAGGGAUAGGAGCGGCGCGCGACUGGAUCCAUGCCGAGUUCCAAAAGUACGCUGACGCCAGCGAUGGGAAGCUGACCGUCGAAACUAUAGGGUAUACACAGGAGAUCGAUAAUAACCGUAUCUUAUUCCCGGUGCUCAUUAGCGACGUCGUUGCGACUCUACAUGGGACUGAGGAUAACCGGCUAUACGUUGUGUCCGGGCACUACGAUUCGAGGGUCUCGGAUCCGCUGAAUUAUGAAAGCGACGCCCCUGGAGCCGACGACGACGCUUCGGGGGUUGCUAUCUCGCUUGAGCUCGCGCGGAUCAUAUCGCAGCCCCAGUACCCUCGCCCGAAGGCGAGUAUCGCGUUUGUAGCCGUCGCAGGCGAAGAACAGGGGCUUUACGGGGCGAAGUUCCUGGCCCAGACGUACGCCAAUGCUACGCCGAGAGUUAAUGUCGAAGGAAUGUUCACGAACGACAUCGUGGGGUCGCCGAAGGGCGGGACGAAUGGGGAAUCCGUAGACCCGUACGUGAUACGGCUGUUCGCGCAGGGGCUGCCUGGCCUCGCGAUCGAGAACAGCACGACGCGGGAGACGCGCCUCACGAUCGGCGGGGAGAACGACUCGCCGGCACGCCAACUAGCGCGCUUCGUUAAGGAGACAGCUGAAAAUACGGCCACAGGCAUGAACGUCUCCGUCGUCUACCGCCUUGACCGCUACCUGCGCGGCGGCGACCAUCGGCCCUUCCUCGAGGCCGGAUACCCGGCAGCCCGGUUCACGGAGCCACAUGAGGAUUACGCGCAUCAGCAUCAAGACGUGCGUGUCGACGCUGAUGGGAAGCAGUUCGGAGACCUACCUGAGUUCGUCGACUUCGAGUAUGUAGCGCGUGUUGCGCGUGUCAACGGCGCUGCGCUGUGGAGUCUUGCGACAGCGCCUGGGAUACCUCAGAAUGUGCGCGUUGAUACGUCGGCUCUGAGUACUAGUACCACGCUCUACUGGGAUCCGCCUGUUACUGGACACGAUGGUAGUUAUGAGGUGGUGUGGCGUCCUACGAGCGCACCUUUUUGGACGGGUGUGCUUGAUGUUGGUUCUGCUGUUGAAGCUACAUUGUCACUAAGUAAAGAUGAUGUCGUGUUUGGAAUCCGGGCUAAAGGUGUAGACGGUUUGCGAGGUGUUGCUGUGCUGCCCUUCCCCGGGAGCCGGUAA